AUGGAAGUUGCCAGCUCCAAAGACACUUCACUCUCUUCAAGUCCUUUCUCUUCCCCAAACGUUGGGGCCUUGCUCAAAAUUAGAGUCAUUUCAUGGAGCCAAGAGACUGGUUUGCCUGUCACGGUUCGUGUUCGAGUUGGUGACAAGAUCUUCAACCUUCACAAGCAUCCGUUGUACUCAAAAAGUGGAUACUUCAAGAAAAUAUUGAAUGAUUCAACUGAAAUUGAGCUACCUGAAGACUUUCCCGGAGGACCAGGUAGCUUUGAGAUGAUUGCACUCUUCAUCUAUGGCUCAUCCACAUUGGUUGACCCUUUCAAUGUGGCAGCCCUCCGUUGCGCGGCCGAGUAUCUUGAAAUGACUGAAGAAUACUGUCAUGGAAACCUCUGUGAACGCUUUGAUCUCUAUAUGAACCAAGUUGUCUUGCAGAGUUGGGAUGACACACUAAUAGUCCUCCAAAAGUGCCAAACUUUGCUUCCCUGGUCCGAGGAGCUGCUGAUUGUGAGUCGCUGCAUUGAAUCGCUAGCCUUCAUGGCUUGUAUGGAGAUUCUUGAUCCGGAAAGGAGACGGGACCGACCAGUGGUCACACUGGAGGCACUUGCCAGCCAAAGCUGGAGCUGUGAAACAAUGAAGGAAAUUGUUAGUCAAGAACUCUGGAUCAAGGAUCUUAUUGCUCUUCAAUUCGGAUUCUUUAAAAGGAUAAUUGGAUCUCUGAGAAGACAAGGUAUGAAGGAAAGGUAUGUUAGCCCCAUCAUUGUUUUCUAUGCAAACAAAUGGGUUCUCUCCAAGAAAACACACAAAUUUUGGGAGAACUCUGGUGAAAAGUUCGUAGAUAACAAUAUGAAUCACAGAGUUUCAAUAAUCUUACAAGGAAUUAUUGACUUACUGCGUAUGAGGGAGAAGGCCAGUAGAGCUAUCCCAGUUGGGUUUUACUUGGCCUUGCUUUCUAGAUCCCUUGAAGUUGGUUUGAAAGAAGAUAGCAAAGCUAAGUUGCACGAAAAAAUUGUAUCGUUAUUGCGAUUUGCCCAAGUGGGAGAUUUUUUGGUUCCACAUCCACAUAGUGGAAAAGAGUCACUUUCUUCUAGUGUGGAGUUGGUUACAAUGGAGAGCAUAAUUUCAAGAUAUGUUUCGUUAAACUUGGACUCAGAUCAUACUCCUUCAGCAAGCAACUCAAUCGUGGCAGAAUUAUGGGAUUCAUAUCUCUCACUGCAUAUAGCUCCAGACCCUGACUUGAGGCCUAAAAGAUUCAUGGAACUCAUUGAAAGAGUGCCAAUACUUUACAGACAGAACCAUGAUCAGCUCUACAGGGCCAUGAACACCUUCUUGCAGGCACACCCAAAUGUGUCACAAGAUGAGAAAGGGGCAGUCUGCAAAUACCUCAGUUGCCAAAAGUUAUCACAAGAGGCUUGCAUUGAGGCCGUUCAAAACGAAUUGAUGCCACUACGCUUAAUAGUUCAGGCACUUUUUGUGCAGCAACUCAACACACACCAGGCUUUCAAAGAAUGCUCAGACUCAUUUAGAUACGUGCACUGUGGAGAGUACUCCGGAAGCCUCUCUAGCUCUAGGUGCCAGUAUUCCAGGAGCUUGCAUCCUGGUGAUAGCCCAUUUACAGAAGGAGCAGAGCCUACCAGUAGACCCUUGAGCCUACUGUUGCAAAAAGAAGCCACCGGUCCGGAGUUCUCGAGGGUGGAGUUUGAAUCAACAAGCUUCAGAAUUCAAAAUCUUGAGCAAGAACUCGUGUCAUUGAAGAAAAGCCUUCACUCGACCAAGCAACAGAGUUUGAAACCAUUUGGCAAGGAUGAUAGAACAUUAAGCAAAAAGAUGAAUCCACUUGGACAAGUGACAAGCUGUAUUGGGUCUGUAAAUUUUGCUUCACAAAGAAAGUAUGCCAGUAGACUACUUAAGAUCAUUCGUCGCAUAACCUUGUUUAGCAGCAGAAGAACAAAGCGAAAGCCAGGCACCACUGGCCAAUGGUCCAAACCAUAAGUAAAGAGAUGUGUGAAACUCAAAAAUAUAAGUGUGAUGAUCGCAAGCUAGAAUUGAGUAAGUCCACUUUCUCUACUUGGAAGAGAAAAAAGAAAAAAGAAGUUAUACAUUUUCAUCAUCACAAGAGUGCU